CGAGGCUGCGCCGAGGGAGGGCGGAAGUCGGCCUGGGCUAGUCUCGGCCCCGGCCCCGGCCCCGGCCCUGGCGAAUGCAGAUUUUAGCUGCCAGCACCUGGAGUAGAAGCUUAAGAGAAGGAGCCAACACACUUUGACUUACUCACUGGUUUUGCUGGAAAUGGAAAAGAUGGCAGAUGAAUUGAAGACAGAGACUGAAAACCUCAAUCCAGAACACAGCAUGUCUUCCACAGGACUGGAAGAUGACCUUGGGAAGCUCUUGGGUCAGGAGACACUUCUCCCAAAGUUGGGCAGUGUUGAUGUGGAAAGAGAACUAGAUGCCAAAAGUGAGCUGAUUGAUGAUAAAGAGUUCAAUAUUCCUCAAGUGGAUACCCCACCGACACUGGAAAGCAUAUUGAAUGAGACUGAUGAUGAAGAAGAGACUUUUGUGCUGGAGGAUCCCUCGCUCUUGAACAUAGAUAAUAUCGACACACACUCUUACGACACGUCUUCAGUGGCGAGCUCCGACAGUGGAGACCGGGCACACAUGAAAAGAAAGAAAAGGCUCCCUGAUUCUUUUUCUCUCCAUGGAUCAGUCAUACGACUUUCACUUCUGAAAGGAAUUUCUGCCCAAAUAGUUUCUGCUGCAGACAAAGUGGAUGCUGGCUUACCUACUGCCAUAGCAGCAUCAAAUCUGAUUGCUGUGGGGACUUCUCAUGGAUUGGCAUUAAUUUUCGGAAAAGAUCAGAACCAGGCUCUUCGGCUUUGUCUUGGCAGCACGGCUGUUGGUGCCCAGUACGGGGCUAUCUCAGCUCUCAGUAUCAAUAACGACUGCUCGAGACUUCUGUGCGGCUUUGCAAAAGGACAGAUUACUAUGUGGGAUCUGGCUAGUGGGAAACUUCUGAGAUCAAUAACAGAUGCUCAUCCCCCAGGAACAGCCAUUUUGCACAUCAAGUUCACAGAUGACCCGACCCUUGCGAUUUGCAAUGACAGUGGAGGCUCCGUCUUCGAACUGUCAUUUAAGAGAGUGAUGGGAGUGAGAACCUGCGAGUCUCGAUGUCUGUUCAGCGGAUCCAAGGGGGAAGUUUGCUGUAUUGAGCCUUUGCAUGCGAAGACAGAACUGAGAGAUCAUCCUAUUACCCAGUACUCCCUGCUAGCAAUGGCCUCCUUGACUAAGAUCCUUGUCAUUGGGUUGAAGCCAUCUCUGAAAGUGUGGAUGACUUUUCCAUAUGGUCGUAUGGAUCCCUCCAGCGUUCCUUUGCUGGCGUGGCACUUUGUUGCUGUACAGAACUCAGUAAACCCCAUACUUGCCUUCUGUCGUGGAGAUGUGGUUCAUUUUCUUUUGGUAAAGAGAGAUGAUUCGGGUGCAAUACAUGUUACUAAGCAGAAGCAGCUGCAUCUGCAUUACGACCUCAUCAAUUUUACUUGGAUGAAUUCGCGCACGGUGGUGCUUCUGGAUAGCGUGGAGAAGCUCCAUGUGAUAGAUCGCCAGACGCAAGAGGAGUUGGAAACCAUAGAGAUUUCAGAGGUUCAGCUAGUCUACAACAGCAGCCACUUCAAAUCACUGGCCACAGGGGGCAAUGUCAGCCAGGCUCUGGCACUGGUUGGGGAAAAAGCCUGCUAUCAGUCCAUCAGCAGCUGUGGCAGUCAGAUCUUCUACCUUGGUACAAAGUCCGUUCAUGUGAUGACAUUAAGGAGCUGGAGAGAGAGAGUGGAUCACCUUCUGAAACAAGACUGUCUUACUGAGGCCCUGGCUCUAGCUUGGUCUUUUUAUGAAGGUAAAGCAAAGGCUGUUGUAGGGUUGUCUGGAGAUGUCGGCAAGCGAAAGGCAGUCAUUGCAGACAGAAUGGUUGAAAUCCUUCUCCAUUACACUGAUCGAACUUUGAAGAAGUGUCCCGACCAGGGAAAAAUCCAAGUGAUGGAACAACACUUUCAGGACAUGGUGCCCGUCAUAGUCGAGUACUGCCUCUUACUUCAGCGCACGGAUCUUUUAUUCAGCCAGGUGUAUGACAAGAUGAGUGAGAAUUCUGUGGCCAAAGGGAUCUUCCUGGAGUGCCUGGAGCCAUACAUUUUAAGUGGCAAGCUGAUGGGAAUGACAGCUCAAGUGAUGAAAGACUUGCUGCUUCACUUCCAAGAUAGGAACCUGUUGGAGAACAUGGAGGCCUGCAUUGUGCACAUGGAUAUCACCAGCCUUGACAUACAGCAGGUGGUUCUUCUUUGCUGGGAAAAUCAUCUCUAUGAUGCCAUGAUCUAUGUCUAUAACAGUGGAAUGAACGACUUCCUUAGUCCAAUGGAGAGGUUGUUCAAAGUCAUCGCUCCUCCACUGAAUGCUGGGAAGUCUCUCACAGAUGAGCAGGUUGUGAUGGGCAACAAGCUUCUAGUCUAUAUAAGCUGCUGUUUGGCAGGUCGUGCUUACCCGUUGGGUGAUAUUCCUGAAGAUCUGGUUCCCUUGGUUAAAAACCAGAUCUUUGAAUUUCUUAUCCGCCUCCACUCGGCUGAGGCAUCCACUGAUGAAGAAGUUUAUCCCUAUGUUCGUACGCUGCUGCACUUUGACACCCGGGAGUUCCUUAAUGUCCUUGCACUGACUUUUGAAGAUUUCAAGAAUGACAAGCAAGCAGUGGAGUAUCAACAGAGAAUCGUGGACAUCCUGCUAAAAGUCAUGGUGGAAAAUUCUGACUUCACCCCAUCGCAGGUUGGGUGUCUCUUUACCUUCCUUGCUCGGCAGCUCGCCAAGCCCAACAACACGUUGUUUGUGAACAGGACACUUUUUGAUCAGGUCCUUGAAUUUCUGUGCAGUCCUGAUGAUGAUUCCCGACACUCUGAGAGACAGCAGGUCCUGUUAGAACUGCUGCAGGCUGGGGGAAUAGUACAGUUUGAAGAGAACCGUCUCAUCCAAAUGGCAGAAAAAGCUGAAUUCUACCAAAUUUGUGAGUUUAUGUAUGAACGGGAGCAUCACUAUGACCGAAUUAUUGAUUGUUACCUGUGUGAUCCAGUGAGAAAGGAAGACGUUUUCAACUACAUCCACAAUAUUUUGUCCAUUCCUGGAUACAGCACAGAGGAGAAGCAUUCAGUGUGGCAGAAAGCUCUGGAACAUAUGGAGGAGCUGCUUUUGCUGAGCCCUGGCAAAGCUGCAGACCUGAUCACCACUCACUUCAAUGAUCAGCUUGAGGGGAUCAUUAACAACCUUCAGGACCAGUUCUUGCUUUUCCAGUUUUUGAGGAGUCUUCUUGACCCAAGGGAAGGAAUCAAUCAGGAUCUGAUCCACGUUUCUCCCUGCAUCACUGAGCAGUUCAUUGAGUUGCUGUGUCACUACAGUCCUGACCAGGUUUUAGAGAUGCUACAAGUCCUGGAGUUCUACAGACUGGAGGAGACCAUUCAGAUCACUCAGAAACACCAACUCCAUGAAGCUUCCUCAUACCUCUUGGAAAAGAAAGGAGAUGUCCAUGGUGCUUUCUUGGUAAUGCUUGAGCAACUGCAAAGCAAGCUGAUGGUGCUUACACAGGAAGAUGAAAAUUCAACACAGUCCCAUUCAAUAAAGGAUAUUGAAGCUACCUUACUGAAAACAAUUGCACUUUGCCAGAGGAAUUCACAUAAUUUAAACCAGCAGCAGCGAGAGGCUCUCUGGUUUCCCCUCCUGGAGGCUAUGAUGUCACCACAGAAACUGUCAAGUUCUUCAGCCUCAUGCCGACAUUCUGAACAUCUGAAGAUUUUGACCAUGCAGGUGCUCAACAACAUGGCUGCUUUUAUUGCCCUUCCCUCAAUCCUGCAGAGAAUUCUACAGGAUCCUGUUUAUGGUAAAGGAAAACUUGGAGAAAUUCAAGGACUUGUACUGGGGAUGCUGGAUACGUUUAACUAUGAGCAGACCCUUCUAGAGACUACCACUAACCUCCUAAACCAUGAUCUCCACUGGUCCCUUUGCAACCUGAGAGCCUCUGUCACCAGAGGGCUGACCCCAAAACAGGAUUAUUGUUGCAUCUGUCUGCAGCAAUACAAGAGAAGGCAAGAGACCGCUGAUGAAAUCAUUGUCUUCAGCUGUGGCCAUCUCUACCACUCCCUCUGCCUGCUGAGCAAAGAGUGUGGCCUGCAAACCCAAGGGCUGAUGAGAUGGACAUGCUACAAAUGUAACUCCAGUAGCAAAGGGGGGAAGCUAUGUGAGAGCUUCUCAGAGUUGAAAAAAGGAACCAGCGCAUCUCUGGCUCAGGCAAGUUCAGAGUCUGCAUUGGAUCCCCAACAAAUCCAGGCCUUUGAUCAACUCUGCCGACUUUACCGAGGAACCUCCAGGUUGGCUCUCCUGACAGAGCUGUCCCGGAGUCGUGGUGGGGAAAGGCCCGGGCCACUCAGCAUCUCGCAAGGCGACUCUGCCCUGAGCAGCGUUUUCCAGAAUGAGAAUUUCCAGCUGCACCUUGCUCCCCCUCCGUUCACAGAGGAGUAGCCGUCUUCCCUGGUGAGGCCCAUGACGGCUGCAGAGCACUGUGGGACAAUUCCUGCCAUCGAUGCAAGAGACUGAGUGACUGAUGCAGAGAUCUGUCAUGCUUGUUCAGAUUUGCGGGUCUGUGCAAACAUGACUUCAUUUUGUGACGCUGCUUUGUGAUCAGCGGGUUUAUAACAAUAGGCCAUCUCUAUUAGGAUCCCUCUGUCAGCCUCUUUGUCCUCUGAAAGCUAUGAACUCUUUGGCAAAUCCAUCAGUGACAAGAACAAGGUCUUGGGGCAGCUGUACUAAUCCCUGGAGCCACUGUUUCUCCAGUCAGAGUUCACCCAAAUGCCUGGAAUCCGUACCACGUCCAUUCUUAUUCCGAGAGAAUACAUACCGUCCCACAUGCCAAGUCAGCAUGUCUUGAGCUGCUGCCUUAACACAUAUGGGGGGAGUGGAUAAUUAACUUGAGCUGAAUUUCAGUAUCAGUAAAAGCAGCAGAGGAAAGAAAUUCCUGCCUCAUAAGGAGUUUGCAAAUACAGAAUAAUGGAUCAGAUAGAAGUGGGUGGUUUCACUGCAUGGAGCACUGUGGACCUGGGAGGGGUGAUGAGUGUGUGUCUGGGAGGACUUGUGUGCAACACUCCUGUGAAAUUCCAUUUAGUAAUGAUAAUAAUUAAAACAAUCCUGUCCUUUAA